UCUACCACUUAAAAACCUGCCAGGAAAACAGCAUAUGAGCUCUUAAAAGGAAAAUUUCCCAGAUCUCUCCUGCUACACAUCUGGAAUCAUCCGUCAUGCCAAUCCUGAUUGAAUUGCUGAUAAUUUUGAUCUCAACCUUGGCCCUGCUGACAGCCAUCUCUCUCUACCGAUCACACAAGAACAGAGACCAUCGCAAUGCACCUGAAGCCGAAGGCGGUUGGCCUAUUUUUGGCCACCUUCCUCUGUUCAGCAGCAAGGACCUGAUGCACGAAAAGUUGGGAUCCAUGGCUGACAAGUAUGGACCGAUUUUUGCCAUAAGAUUAGGCUGUCAUCGGGCAAUCGUCGUGAGCAGUUGGGAAGUGGCUAAGGAGUGCCUCACCGUACACGACAAGGCCUUCGCUGACCGGCCGUUGAUCACCGCCACGAGGCUCAUGGGCUACAACGGUGCCAUGUUCGGCUUCGGCCCUCAUGGAGAAUAUUGGCGAGAGAUGCGCAAGAUUGCAAUGAUCGAGCUCCUCUCGAACAACCGGGUUGACUCACUGAAGCACAUACGAGCUCUCGAGGUGGAGAUGGCCAUAAAAGACUUGUUCAAAUCCUGGAUCGAAAAGGGUAGGCCCAGAAGUGGGGUCCUAGUGGAAAUGAAGUCUUGGCUAGCAGAUUUGAUGCUCAAUAUAUCUGUCAAAAUGGUAGGAGGAAAGAGAUACUGCGGUUCAAACAUGGACUGCGACGCCGCCGAGGCGAAUAGGUGCAAAAGGUCGAUUAGGAGGUUUUUUGAUCUGUUCGGGGUCCUUGUGUUGUCAGAUUCGAUCCCGGCUCUCGGCUGGUUGGACUUAGGUGGCUAUGAACGAUCGAUGAAGGAGACUGCUAAAGAGUUGGAUGUUUUGGUUCAGGGGUGGCUGGAGGAGCAUAGAAGGAAGAGGUUGUUCCGGCCCGGAGGUGAUAGAGAGCAAGAUUUCAUGGAUUUGAUGCUAAACGUCAUGGAAGAGGCAAAAUUUUCAGAUUUUGAUGCCGAUACAGUCAUUAAGGCGACUUGUUUGAACAUGAUAAUAGGAGGGACCGAGACUUUGACGGUGGCGCUCACUUGGGCGCUGUCGCUGCUAAUGAACAACCGCCGCACAUUGAAGAAGGCACAACAAGAGCUGGACGCCCAUGUCGGCAAGAGUCGGCCUGUGGAAGAGUCCGAUGUGAAGAACUUGACCUACCUCCAAGCCAUCGUCAAGGAAACAAUGCGUUUGUAUCCCCCAGCGCCAGUGAACGGUCUUAAAAGGUCCAUGGAAGAGUGCACCUUCUCCUCUGGCUUCCGCAUUCCGGCAGGUACGCGUUUGGUGUUGAACAUCUGGAAAAUACAGAGGGACGAGCGUGUAUGGUCCAACCCGGACGAGUUCGAGCCCGAGAGGUUCCUCACGACGCACGAGAAUAUGGACAUGAGAGGUCAGAACUUCGAGCUCAUCCCAUUCGGUGCUGGGAGGAGGUCCUGCGCCGGAACCUCACUGGCUCUUCACAUGGUGCACUUGAUCCUGGCUAGCUUACUGCAAUGUUUCGAAAUUGGCACGGUCUUGGAAGAAGCGAUGGACAUGACCGAGAGCCCCGGGUUGUUGAAUAUGAAGGCGAGCCCGCUUGAAGUUGUGCUCAUUCCACGUCUUGAUCAGAGAGUUUAUGAAAGAGGCGAGCAGGAGAAUACGAAAUCUUUUGUCUAUAGUUAGUAGUUUAUUAUGAGGAGAGCCUCAGGCUGCAUUUUCU